UGUGGAAAGAUGUGGCUAUUUUGUGCUGCACUGCUGGCUCUGGCCUCUGUCGACUCUGUCAAUGGGGACUCAAAAGCAGUUACAACGACACUGACAACUAAAUGGCCCUCGACACCUCUCCUGUUGGAAGCAAGUGAGUUCCUUGCUGAGGAAAGUCAGGACAAGUUCUGGGCCUUUGUGGAAGCCAACCAGAACAUUGAGAAUGAUCAUGAUGACACGGAUCAGGCUUACUAUGACCUGAUUCUGAAGAGAGCCGGUGAGCUGCUGAGCCCAGUGCAGUUAAACCUGCUGAAGUUCUCCUUAUCUCUGAGGGCCUACUCAUCCACCAUCCAUUCCUUUCAGCAGAUUGCAUCCAAUGAGCCUCCUCCACCUGGCUGUAAAGCGUUCUUUAAUGUACAUGGACAGAAAUCUUGUGAUUCAGAAAGGCUACAAGCCAUGCUGGACAAUGCCUUAGAACGGCCAAAGCCAUACCUGUUCAAAGGUGAUCACAGAUUCCACUCGGCCAAUCCCGAUGCACCAGUUGUGAUUCUAUAUGCUCAAAUGGGCACCAAAGAAUUCUCCAGACUCCAUCAGCUGAUGCUUUCAAAAGCCAACAAGGGCCUGAUUACUUAUUUUCUGCGGCACUUCCUUGCUAACCCGAGUAAAAGUAAAGUACACCUGUCUGGAUAUGGAGUGGAACUGGCUAUCAAAAACCAGGAGUACAAAGCCAAAGACGAUACACAAGUUCAUGCUGGAGCUGAUGCGAAUGCAACGGUAAUAGGUGAAAAUGAUCCCGUGGAUGAAGUGCAGGGCUUUCUUUUUGGCAAACUGAAAACCAUUUACCCUGAACUUAAGGAACAGCUGAAGGAGCUCCGGAAUCAUUUGAUUGAGAGCACCAAUGAAAUGGCUCCACUUAAAGUCUGGCAAAUGCAAGAUCUCAGCUUUCAGACUGCUGCUCGUAUCCUGGCAGCUCCCUCUGUGGACGCUCUCAAUGUCAUGAAGGAUUUGAGCCAGAACUUCCCCACCAAAGCCAGGUCCAUAACAAAAACAGUGGUUAAUUCGGAGAUCCGUAAGGAGAUUGAGGAAAAUCAAAAGUAUUUUAAGGGGACUUUAGGGCUCCAGCCUGGGGACUCGGCUCUGUUCAUCAAUGGACUCCAUAUUGACCUGGAUGUGCAGGAUAUUUUCAGUGUUUUUGAUGUGUUGAGGAAUGAGGCAAGGGUCAUGGAGGGUCUGCGUAGUCUGCUCAUAGAAACGCCAUACAUCCACGACAUCCUCAAACUCAACGUCCAGCCUUCAGACUCUGACUAUGCCGUGGACAUUCGCAACCCUGCUGUUCAUUGGAUUAAUAACCUAGAGACAGACGGCAGAUAUGCGUCCUGGCCCUCUAAUGUGCAAGAACUGCUGCGGCCCACGUUUCCUGGAGUCAUUCGACAGAUCCGUAAGAACUUCCAUAAUCUGGUGAUGAUUCUGGAUCCGACCCAUGAGAACACGGCUGAGCUGCUCGGUGUGGCAGAGAUGUUUUACAGCAACAACAUCCCACUCAGAAUCGGUGUGGUGUUUGUAGUGAAUGAUUCUGAUGAUGUUGAUGGGAUGCAGGAUCCUGGUGUGGCUCUUCUUCGCGCUUUCAACUAUAUUGCUGAUGAUGUGGAUGGCCAAAUGGCCUUCGAUGCCGUCAUAUCUAUAAUGAAUAGGAUUCCCAGUGGAGGCAAACUGAAGGUAGAGCAUGUGGUGGGUGUGCUGGAGAAGAGAUAUCCAUAUGUAGAGAUCAGCAGCAUCUUGGGACCUGACUCUGCUUACGACAACAACAGAAAAGAGGGAAAGGCAUAUUAUGAGCAGACUGGUGUUGGCCCUCUGCCCGUGGUGUUGUAUAAUGGUAUGCCUUUACAGCGUGAGCAGUUAGACCCUGAUGAACUCGAGACAGUCGUCAUGCACAAGAUCCUGGAGACCACCAGCUUUUUUCAGCGCACUGUCUAUCUGGGUGAGCUGAACAGUGAUCAUGAUGUGGUGGAUUAUAUCAUGAAUCAACCCAACGUGGUCCCACGAAUCAAUUCCAGAAUCCUGAGCACCAGCAGGAAUUAUCUGGACCUUUCCGCCACGAAUAAUCAUUUUAUCGACGAAUAUGCUCGUUUCCUGUUUCUGGAUUCCAAAGACAAGAACGCCGCGGUGGCCAACAGCAUGAAUUACAUGACAAAGAAAGGGAUGUCAACCAGGGAUGCUUCUGAUGAUGGCAUCAUCCGUCCGGUGACUUUCUGGGUAGUGGGAGACUUUGACCAGCCGUCAGGUCGACAGCUGCUGUAUGAUGCCAUACGUCACAUGAAAACCAGUAAUAAUGUGCGAUUAGGACUGAUCAAUAACCCCAGCGAGAGCCCAUCUAAUGAGAACAGCCUGAUCGCUCGAGCCAUAUGGGCGGCCAUGCAGACGCAAACCUCCAACAACGCCAAAAACUUCAUCACCAAAAUGGCUAAAGAGGAGACGGCGCAGGCUCUUUACGGAGGCAGUGACAUUGCGGAGUUUGCUGUCGGGGGCAUGGAUGUUCCUCUGUUUAAGAGCGCGUAUGAGUCUCCUAAUGUGAACUUCCUGCUGGCUCAUUCUGCGUACUGUAGAGAUGUCCUCAAACUGCAGAAGGGCCAGAGAGCUGUGAUCAGCAAUGGAAGGAUCAUUGGCCCACUGGAGGAAAGGGAAGUCUUUAACCAGGAUGAUUUCCUGCUGCUGGAGAGCAUUAUUCUGAAGACAUCAGGGGAGCGGAUCAAGGGCAAAAUUCAACAGAUGGGCAUGGUAGAGGACAGAGCUAGUGAUCUUGUGAUGAAGGUGGAUGCCCUGCUGUCUUCACAGCCCAAAGGUGAAGCAAGGAUCGAGCACACUUUUGCUGAAGACAGAUACAGCGCUGUGAAGAUCAGACCAAAGGAAGAGGAGGUGUACUUCGAUGUUGUAGCUGUUUUGGAUCCAGUGACCAGAGAUGCUCAGAAACUAGCACCUUUACUCCUGGUAUUGAAGCAGCUGGUGAACGUCAACCUGCGAGUGUUCAUGAACUGCCAGUCCAAGCUCUCUGACCUCCCGCUGAAAAGCUUUUAUCGAUAUGUUUUGGAGCCAGAGAUUGUGUUUCUGGCCGAUAGCAGCUUUGCUCCUGGUCCGAUGGCUAAGUUCUUAGAUAUGCCUCAGUCGCCUUUGUUCACUCUGAACCUGAACACCCCCGAAAGCUGGAUGGUUGAGUCUGUCCACACACGUUAUGAUCUGGAUAACAUUUACCUUGAAGAGGUGGACAAUGUCGUGGCUGCUGAGUACGAGUUGGAGUAUUUAUUACUGGAGGGUCACUGUUUUGACGUAACCACAGGUCAGCCUCCCCGUGGUCUGCAGUUCACUCUGGGCACUGCCUCCGACCCUGUCAUAGUGGACACCAUCGUCAUGGCCAACCUGGGUUAUUUCCAGCUGAAAGCAAACCCAGGAGCCUGGAUGCUCAGGCUGAGGAAAGGCAGGUCGGAUGAUAUCUACAAAAUCUACAGUCACGAUGGCACAGACUCUCCAGCCGAAGCUGAUGAUUUAAUCGUCGUCCUUAACAACUUCAAGAGCAAGAUCAUUAAAGUGAAAGUGCAGAAAAAGCCUGAUAUGAUAAAUGAGGAGCUUCUCAGUGAUGGUACCCAUGAGAACGAGUCUGGAUUCUGGACAUCUAUAGCCAGGUAUAAAUUGUGGAGUACAGUUCUUCUACCUGCUCAACUCUACCAUGUCUCAUUUAAAAUACUGAAUGUUAAAAUAUUCUUUUUGUUAUGUCUUUCUUUUAGAGGAUUCACUGGUGGUUCAAACCCAGAUGAACCCAAACAGGAGAAAGAUGAUGUUAUCAACAUUUUCUCUGUGGCCUCUGGUCAUUUAUACGAGAGGUUCCUCAGGAUAAUGAUGCUGUCUGUGCUCAAACACACCAAGACACCCGUCAAGUUCUGGUUCCUCAAAAACUACCUGUCACCAACUUUUAAGGAAUUUAUUCCAUAUAUGGCAGAGAAGUAUGGUUUCCAGUAUGAGUUGGUGCAGUAUAAAUGGCCACGUUGGCUUCACCAGCAAACUGAAAAGCAAAGGAUCAUUUGGGGCUAUAAGAUUCUGUUCCUCGACGUGCUCUUCCCGCUGGCUGUGGACAAGUUCCUCUUUGUAGAUGCGGAUCAGAUAGUUCGCACAGACCUGAAGGAGCUGCGGGAUUUGGAUCUAGAAGGGGCGCCGUAUGGUUACACACCUUUCUGCGAGAGCCGAAGAGAAAUGGACGGAUAUCGCUUUUGGAAGUCUGGAUACUGGGCUAGUCAUUUGGCCGGACGUAAAUACCACAUCAGUGCUCUGUAUGUGGUCGAUCUGAAGAAGUUCAGGAAGAUCGCAGCUGGAGACAGACUGAGAGGCCAAUACCAGGGACUGAGUCAAGACCCCAACAGUCUUUCCAAUCUGGACCAGGAUUUGCCCAAUAACAUGAUCCACCAAGUGCCAAUUAAGUCACUUCCUCAGGAAUGGCUUUGGUGUGAAACCUGGUGUGAUGAUGCAUCUAAAAAGAAAGCCAAAACUAUAGAUCUGUGCAAUAACCCACAGACAAAAGAGCCGAAGCUGCAAGCUGCUGUGCGUAUAGUAGGUGAGUGGAGUGACUAUGACCAGGAGAUAAAGAGAAUCUACAACAACUUCCUGGAGGAAAAAGAAAGGGGCGCUAUAGAAGGCUAUCAGUCAACAGAAAGAAAACACCCAGAUGGUGAUACACACUCAGAGCUAUGAGCUGAUGCUCUGCAACUGAAGAACAGGGGACUCUGUUCAAAGAGUCGUCUCUUCUUCAACCUUUUUAAAACCAAGCCUAUCCUCCAGGAAUGGUUUGACAUUCAUGCUGAACUUGACUUGAACAGAAUUCAUGCAAAAUUCCUGCAUUUGUACCUGAGGUUUUUGGGGGGUUUUGAGGAAAUCACACGGACAGAUGAAAUCUCCUCUUUCUAGGCACUUUUAGUAUUGAACCUCAGAUAAAGAUGUAUUAAAAAACAAAAAAAACAGUUCCACUAGAGCAGAAAGACUGCAGUCGUACAGUAGGGAAUGACUUAAUUGAACAAAGAACCGCAUGUGCUCAAUUUUAUCAAUAAAAAAACGAUUUGAUAAACAUUUUCUUGAAAAUGAUUAGUAAAUAUUGAAAAAUGAGUUGCAGAGUGUUUAUUAAAAGGCCACUCAUGCUAAUGAAAUGCCACAACAACAAAGGGAUGUCCUAACAGUUGGACUUGAAAGCACAGAUCAUUUCCUGUGACGGAUCACAGUCCAGUUAAAGGCUUGCUGUAAUUAAUUUUUAAGUCAGUGCUAGCCUGGAGAGGUUUUGAGAUUGUUGUUUUUCAUACUAUGUAGUUUCACAAAAUGUUAAAAUCAAAUUGCUCAUCAAAAGACUUUUAACUCAGGAACAAGCCGCCAGUUGAUUUAGUCAUAGCUAAAGAUUUAGUUUUGUUCACUUCACAGGAGGACAUUUUUAAAUUGCUGAAACUUCUCUCUGGGCAACAAAAAGCUUGUCGCAGCAUAAAAUCGGUUUAUACAUUGCAAAAAAAAUGUGUUUCUAACAUUCUAGUCCAAAUAUCUUAAGAUUCUUAAAUUAAAAAGCAUUUUUCUGCACAAGUAAAAUAAAAUAUGGUUUGGUUUUCAGAAAUAGUAAGUCAAAAUUGAAUGAGUUUUUCCUUAAAACUAACUAAAUAAUCUGUUGGUGGGGCAAGUAAAAUAAUCUGAAUUUAAAAUAAUAAUUAUUUCUAAUUAUUUAGCUCUUUUAAAGAAAACUCAUUUAAUUUGUACCAAUUAUUUUUGAAAACCAAAACAUAUUUUUUUUACUUAUCUACUACUAUGUUUUACUAUAUUUUUUCUUCUUGAUUUAGCAAUCUGUAGAUUUUUGGACUACAAACAAAACAAAAACUCUAAGUAAUUAUUAUUAUUAUUUUUUUUUUUUGCAGUGUACUGUAGUUACUUCACAUUAAAAUGAUUCCUAAUAGCAGCACCCGCUUUGAAUGUUAUCACUCGAUUGAAUGGGCAUUAUCAGUGGUUAUCAGCUGAAAAAUAUAGGCCAGUAGGGGCCUUCUGCACCUACUAGUAUGGUCAGAAGGCUGUUAUCAUCCAUCCACAUGGUAAAUGAGCUGUACUUAUAGAGAAGACUCCAGAUCCAGAACUGUUUUUACAUUACUGUGACGGUGGGGUUUAGGGUUGGAGUAGUGGUAGACAUUAAUAAAAUGCAAUUAAUGGGAAAUUUUAUAAAUAAUAUAAAAUAAUUUUCGUUAAUUUCCGACCAAAGCCCUUUGUGAUCUACAGCCGAUUAACCAUAUAAAUGGAUGAUAACAGUCUUCCGAGCCUAUUAGUUGGCAUAGAAGGCCCCUACUGGCCCAUAUCUAGCAGCUGAUAACCACUGAUAACUCCCAUUAAGUCGAGUGAUAACAUUUAAAUCGUCUUAUAGCAUUCAGCUAAUAAAACUCUAAAGUCAACAGUCCCUACAGGAUUAAAUCAUGUCUUCUUGUUGGUAUUAUGAGGUCAAAGGGAAAAAAAGAACUUUUUUUAACAGACGCUGCUUACAGGUUUACAGGUUGUUGGAAUUGUUUUUUGUUCGUUUUAAUGCCACUCAACUCAAGGAUGUGGUGAUCUUGUCUGUUUAUCACAUAUGCUAAUUACUAUUCAUUUCUGUGGUAAUGCUCUUUUAGGUUUGAGAAUGGCCUCUGUUGACCACUAUAGCUUUAUACGUUUGUUCAUAAUCCAUGAAUUGGGAUUUAAGUAAUACAGAUGCGUUACAUCUUGAGCGAUUAGCUGGAAAUAUUACUUGGCAAUAGAGCCCAGAGUUUCAGUAAUAUCAAAUUUUAAAUGGAAAAUUGGGUUUGCACAGUGCCUUGUGCUUUAUUUUGUUUGAGAGGUACAUUACAGUGUCUUGUGGUUUGUCUGCUGUCUGCUGUUCCUUUACGGAGUACAUUCAAUAUGGGGGAAAUUAACUGAUUUAGUCAAUGCUAUGAUACUUUGGAAUAUACUGUAAGAGUAAUUGUGGGAUGACAAUAUUUUGUAAUAAAAGAUGUACCAAAAUGGUA